AUCCACCGCGCCGGUUGCGGCGAGAAGGUGACAGAGGACAGCGGCCAUGGCCUCCACCUAUCUUACUCGCCAGCAGAAAGUGAUGAGGCUUUACAAAAAAUCACUCAGACACCUUGAGUCGUGGUGCAUAUUUAGAGAUAAAUACCGUUUCUAUGCCUGCCUUCUGCGGGAUCGUUUCGAUAAGAACAAAGAUGAGAAGGAUCUGAUAAAGGCCACCAUGAUGCUGAAAGCAGGAGAGGAGGAGUUCUGGGCCAACCAACAUCCUCAGCCCUACAUCUUCCCUGACUCUCCUGGAGGGACCUCAUAUGAAAGAUAUGAGUGCUACAAGGCCCCAGAGUGGGUGUUGGAAUCCUGGCACCCCUCAGAGAAGGCCAUGUACCCUGAUUACUUUGCUAAAAGGGAGCAGUGGAAGAAACUGAGGAUGCAGAGCUGGGAUCGGGAGGUUGCUCAGCUGGAGGCCGAGACUCCAGCAGGUGGCCCCCAGACCGAAGCCCUCCCUCCUGCUCGUAAGGAGGGUGACCUCCCACCUCUGUGGUGGAGCUUUGUCACCCGUCCCAGGGAGCAACCCUGAUGAACAGCUUUCCUCCACAGGGCUUGGUCUGUCUUGCUUUGAGAGAAAAAUCACCAAAAAACAAACUCAAGGCGACUGAUCUCUCAUCUAAGUUUUCUGAAGAGUUCACAGGUUGAAUAAUGUUCACAGAAAUCCUGAAUUCUUUAAAGGUUUAAGUUGUUGAUGACGCUGAACAAUUCUGUAGAUGUUCAACUUAUUACCUGUAAGUUCUCUAAUAAAUACAUUUAUGAUCAGAGCU